AUGUUUGUCGGGGCUCGAUUUCUUCUCGGAUUUGGAGACAUCAUCGUCAUUUGCACCGCUCCACUGCUUAUUACAGAGAUUGCUCCGGCCCAAGACAGGGCAAUUCUGGUUACUAUAUCUGGCGCCACAUAUCACUCGGGGGCUUUUAUCGCGGCAUGGACGACAUAUGGAACGCUAAAAAUCAAAAGCGAUUGGUCUUGGAGAACACCGAGCCUAAUCCAAGGGGUGUUCACAUUGAUUAUGCUGGCAGUUGUGUGGUGGAUCCCGGAGAGUCCGCGCUAUUAUGUCUCUAGAAACGAACCGGAAAAAGCCCUGAAAAUGCUAGCUUAUUACCAUGCUCAGGGGGAUGACAGUGAUGAGGUCGUUCAGGUGGAGUUCACCGAAAUUACAACUGCGCUUGCGAUGGAGAAGAAUGCAGAGCAUUCAGGGUCUUACGUCGAUUUUCUGCGAACUCCUGGUAAUCGCAAACGACUCCUCAUCAUUAUCUCUUUUGGACUUUUCGCUCAGUGGUCAGGCAAUGGCUUGGUAUCAUACUAUUUGAACCUCAUCAUGGAUAGCAUCGGAAUCAAAGACCCGAACCAGCAAUUGCUGAUUAAUGGAGCCUUGACUUCUUUUAAUCUUGCCACGAACCUUUUCUUCAGCUUCUUUGUUGACAAAUGUGGACGCCGACCAAUCAUGCUUAUCAGCUCUGCUGGAAUGAUGGUCGCUUUUGUGGUGUGGACAAUCCUGUCAGCAAAAUAUUCUGACCAUGCGAGCUCAGCACUUGGGUCCGGAGUGCUGGGUAUGAUUUUCAUUUAUUAUCUCUUCUACAAUCUGAAGUCCGGUCUAAUUGCAAGUUAUACUACGGAGAUUCUUCCGUAUUCAAUGCGUGCUAAAGGAUAUACUCUCAUGGAGUUUGCCAUGUAUAUUGCGCUAUUCUUCAAUCAAUAUGUCAAUCCCAUCGCCCUUGACAAUAUAAAAUGGCGCUACUACAUCUUCUACUGCUGCUUCUUGGCAGUGGAAGUGGUUGUCAUCUAUUUCUUUUACGUUGAGACACGUUAUAUGCCUCUUGAGGAGAUAACAAAGAUUUUUGAUGGAGAAGAUGUUGCAACUGCUACAAAUCUGGAAAUGGAAAAGAUUGGAGAAAACGGAAAAGGGACAAGCACAGUCAUUCAUAUUGAGGAGGCAAGUGCUUGA